CGCUAUUGCCAAAAGAAGAAAAAAAAAAAAAAAAUAAUAAGGAUUCAAAGCAUUUGAAUUGGAAAUAUUGAGAAUUGAAAUACUAAAUAAAUAAGGUAUAUGCUACAUAAAGCGAUCUAACUCAGGUCAACACAAAAAUACAAGUUCGAAAUACCACCGUUAUUCACGAAGAUCAUAGCAAUGGAACUUCUUGAUGUUAUGAAAAAUUUAACAAUCAAAACAUCACGAAAUGAAAGUGAUAAUAAGUUUUUUAAAUCUAUUGCUGCUGACAUUGAUGGUGUUGCUACAGAAAUUGUAUUUGCGGAUUAUACUGAAAAAAUUAUGUUAAUUGUUUCACAAUAUCAGAAAAUAGGCAGUAUGUUGAUGAUUCAGAAGGACCAAGUUCAUAGUCCCCUAGGUACAAAUAAUGUAUAUACAACAAAAGUUAUUUUUGGUGCUUCAGGAGAGGAUCUACAAGUUGCAGCAAGGUACCUCGCAGAGGCUAUUGACAUAAAUAAACCACUUUGUAUUUUUAUAAAUCUCAAAUCAUAUGAUAUUGAGACAGUCAAGGCUUGUAAGGAUAUUAUACUUGAUUUGAAAAGAGAAGAUAACUGAAAAUGACACAGAAAUUUGUUUCCGUUGCAAAAUAUUAUGGACAGCUUGUUCUUGGACCACCAGGAGCUGGUAAAACUACUUAUUGUAAUGAAAUGUCUAAAGUUUUAAGAAAGAUUGGUAGAAAAGUUAUUAUUGUUAAUUUAGAUCCAGCAAAUGAUAACAUAACUUAUAAAGCUGAUGUAGAUAUAAGGGAUUUAGUAAUUUUAGAAGAGGUAAUGGAUCAAUAUAAUUUAGGACCAAAUGGCGCUUUAUUGUACUGCAUGGAAUAUUUAGAAAAAAACAUAGAUUGGCUCUUGAAUCUAAUAAAGGGGGAGCAUUCUGCAAAUUUUAUUUUUGAUCUCCCUGGCCAAGUAGAACUCUACUGUCACCAUGAAGCUCUGAGUAACAUACUCACAAAGCUAGUGACGGAGGUAAAAUUACAAAUGUGCAUUGUUCAUCUUAUUGAUUCUCAUAAUUGCACAGAUGCUGGAAAAUUUAUUGCAGCACUGAUGUUGUCUUUGAGUGCUAUGUUGAAAAUAGGUCUACCACAUGUGAAUCUUUUAACAAAGGUAGAUUUGUUAAGGAGACAUUCAGAUAAGUUGGAAUUUGGGAUUGAUUUUUACACAGAAGUGUUAGAUUUGAAUUAUUUACUUGAUAGUUUAGAUGGAGGCAUUUUUACGAAGAAAUACAAAAAGUUAAAUGAAGCUCUCAUUUCAAUAAUUGAAGAUUAUAGCUUGGUCUCAUUUCAACUUGUAGAUAUAUAUAAUGAGAAAAGUUUAAUUAAAGUGAAGAAUAUAAUUGAUAAAGCAAAUGGUUUUGUCUUUAAAUCGGAGGAAGGUAGACAUAUAAACAGUAUGCUGGCAUGUGCUAUGGGUGUUACAGAUAAAGAUAGUUUUGAUAAUUUCUAAAUCAUUCUAAUACUGUUUAAUUCUUGAAUAGAUUUAGGAAUAAUAAUAUAAUGUAUAUUUGAUAUAAUAAUAUGAUUUAGUUCAAAUGUUAUUGUAUUAGUAUUUUGUAAAAUAUCUAAUAUGAGUGUCUGUAUAAAAGAAUGCUGGACUAAUAAAUUUUUAAACAAUU